AGCGGCAGCGGAGGCGGCGGCCGUAGCUGGCUAGCAGCGGCCUGGCGAGGGACCGGCCGGCUGCCCUGUCCGCCAGCCACGGCGGAGGAGGAAAAUGGCGGAGGCCUCGGCGGCCGGGACUGCUGUAGCCGCGCACCGGUUUUUCUGCCACUUUUGCAAGGGCGAGGUUAGCCCGAAACUACCGGAAUAUAUCUGUCCCAGAUGUGAAUCAGGCUUUAUUGAAGAAGUGACAGAUGAUUCCAGUUUUUUAGGUGGUGGUGGCAGCCGGAUAGAUAAUAGCACAUCAACACAUUUUGCAGAGUUCUGGGACCAUUUGGACCAUACAAUGUUUUUCCAAGAUUUUAGACCAUUCCUAAGUAGCAAUCCACUGGACCAAGAUAAUCGAGCCAAUGAGAGGGGUCAUCAGACUCACACUGACAUCUGGGGACCUAGUCGUCCUCCACGACCGCCAAUGACUCGGAGAUACAGACCCCGAGGAAGUACUCGUCCUGAAAGAUCCCCAGCUAUUGAAGGAAUAAUACAGCAGAUCUUUGCAGGAUUCUUUGCAAAUUCUGCAUUUCCUAGAUCCUCACACCCUGUGUCCUGGUAUGGGACUCUGCACUCCAACCCUGAGGACUAUGCCUGGGGCCAGACAGAGCUUGAUGCCAUUGUAACCCAGCUUUUAGGACAACUGGAAAAUACAGGGCCUCCCCCAGCUGAUAAAGAAAAGAUUACAUCUCUUCCAACAGUGACAGUAACUCAGGAACAAGUUGAUACGGGUUUAGAGUGUCCAGUAUGCAAAGAAGAUUACACAGUGGAAGAGGAAGUCCGGCAGUUACCCUGCAACCACUUCUUUCAUAGCAGCUGUAUUGUGCCAUGGUUAGAACUGCAUGACACGUGUCCUGUAUGUAGGAAGAGCUUAAAUGGUGAGGACUCUACUCGGCAAACCCAGAGCUCUGAGGCCUCUGCAAGCAACAGAUUUAGCAGUGACAGCCAGCUCCACGACCGAUGGACUUUCUGAAGCUAUAGACCGCACCUGCCAGGGCUGUGGCAGUGUUAAUACCACAGCUGUAAAUUGUAUCCAGACUAAAAAUAAUAGUUGGAUUUAGGAAUCUCUUAAGAAGCUCCAGCCCAUAAUAUUAAUGCAAUGAGUGUUUUUCCUCUCCAAAUUUAAAAAUAGUAUCUACAGAAGGAAUUGUAUCUACAACCAAAUGCCUCUUAGCCCUGAAUUCAGAGUGAUGAUUUUAUAGGUGUGAAACUUAAUUACGUGGGUCUCCCCCAGAAUAGAAUCAGUUCCUUAAAGUCUAGUUCGGGUCUUGCUAUCUGUCAUGCUGCCUUGUAAUGGAGAUUUCAACCUCCUUCUCCAAUCUCCAACCUACUGUUAGUGUAUUUCAUAGUAAAUACAAUGGAAUCAGCACCCUAAAGUCCUGCUGACAUAAAGUCCUUUUGUCUUAAUUGUACAAAAUCAACACCUCUUGGCCAUGUUAGCCAUGAGAUGAGGUCAAAUUAAUUCAGUAAUUAUUACAUACAGAGACUUAUGAUUUUGUUUUGCCUUGAUCCUCAGAGCAAAUCAAAGAAAAAUUAAAGUGGGAAGGAGAAAGUGGCUUAUCAUUGUACUCUUUGGUUUGCUCAUUUUAAUUUUUAAAAACUAUUUUGGGAGACGUAGUUUCCCCAGAGACCACUGUAACAUGUCUUGGGAGUCUUCUGUGAUGGGAACCUGAUAUCUCACCCUUUUUUCCGAAGCAACUGGCAAGAUGCAGGCACAGUGGGACAGAUGUUUGAAAUAUUCCGCGGUUUUUUACUGACCCCGUACUGUUUUUUGUCCUGUGGACCGUAAAAUAAUUUCCUUCACAGAAAUAGGAUUAUUUCACUAUUGCUUUCACAGCUAGUUCACUGUUUUUGAUAAUUUAUUGGUCUUCAGGAAUUGAGAUUUUAUGUUGUCUUAAUUUUUUAAGCUCAUUUUUCAUCUUUGAAACUUUCCUGCUCUGCUUGCUUUUGGCAGCACCUUGGAGUCAAACUGGUUAUUGUGAUCAUGCCCUAAACAACUUGGUCUAGGAGACAGGGGCCUUAUUUUUUCAGCCUGACAGUGUCAUGCACAUGUGCAUGGCUCUUUGGAACAUUUCAGUGUUUAAAGUUGAGUAUAUGAAGAAGGUCAAGAAUAUUGCCAAAACUCAGAGUGUCCAAAGGAAACGAUGGGACAUGUAACAGCUAUCGGUGUCCUUAAAAGGGCACUAAUGGCACACAGGGUGUUAUGGCCACAUCAUGGUUUGGGAUGAUCAGAACACAGAAGGUCAUUCUUUAGUGAGUCUGUUUCUUGGCUAGGAGUCUUUUCUAAGUUUUUGUUGACUAUCAGACACUGAUUUGGAGGGUGAAAGAAGGGGGUACAGAUAUCAUUGCCUGUACUUUGGUAGAGGAUAAAGGAGUAGGGGAGGGAAGAGAGAAGGUGGGAGAGCUAAUGCCCCACAUAUAAAAGCCAUGAUCAGAAGGUAUGAUUCAGGUCGGGUCCAGAGGGAGUAAAAGAUAUUUUCUCAUAUGCCACUCCUAUCACAUCUCUAUAGAUUGUUCCUUUGGGGAAUGUGACCUAUUUACUAUGGCUAUUAAAAUGUAGCUGAAAAUACACAUUGGUUUUGAAUUGGGGGUAGGGAGUUGGGGAGGGAGGGGAGAGGUAUAUUAUGAACAUUUAGCCAAUACUUAGAUGGAGGAAGGCUGUGCUAAAGUAUGAGCACAUUACAGUUUUCAAGUGGAACGAUAAUCAGCUGGUUCAGAAAAAUUAUGUUAGCAUGGGAAUUUUUGUCUGCCUGCCAUUGUCGGGAGAUGCCAGGAUAGGCAGUUGUGUUUUUACUUAGCGUGCCCAGAGAACUAGAAACUAUCUGAGUAGCUUCAGAAAGGGAUGGAAACAAAGUGCUGAAUAGGAUUUUGCCUUCUCAGUGCACAGUAUAGCAAACAGCAUCAGACCUGAAAUCUUCCUGAAGGUGUCUUCAUUUUUUCUGCUUUGAUAAUUAGGAUAAUUAGAGGCCCAUUUUGCUGUUAUCCAGACCCCUCCCACUUAAAUUUUGCCAAGUGAGCAGUGUGUCUAUUAGAAAUGUCUGUCUUGGCUUAGAGACCUUGGUACUAGGAUAAAACGGUGGAGGAAGUAUCUGUGGGUGAAGAACACUCUGCUGUGUGCAUCAUUUCGAUUUUUUCCUUGUUAGCCUAAACUAACAUGGAAGAUUGAGAUGCCUCCCAUUCUAGAAAGAAAUAUUGCAGGUUCAUUAGUCUAACACCAGCUGGGAUUAAGACGCUCUUUCUAAGAAUGUCUUGCUCUUAAAUGUUUCAAACACAGCUUAGGUGUAGUGUCCAGGGCUGGGGUUAGAACCUGGACUUUUCAGGUGUUCUUUCCUUUACAACUGGAAGGCUUAAAGACUAGGAGUCAAGGGUGAGAUGAUUCAGUUCUCACUCAUGGUCAAAGAGAAGAGAAAACUGUUGUGAUUUCAGAUCUUGAGUCCUUAGUGUGGACGUGAGGCCCUUACAUUCAUGUUAAAUGGCUUGCCCUUUGGAUGCUGUGCAGAGCUGAGCUGAUUGUUUUCUUAUUCUUGAAUGUUUUUUCUUCUUUAUCUUCCUCUUUUCCUUUGAGGGGAGAAAAUGACUUGGUUAGCACAUAAUUAGGAGAGACUUCCUAGAACUCAGUAGACUUGGAGGUUGAGAGGUUAUAUAUGGAGUGCCUCGCUGGCCUGCCAGUGAUGGUUGCUUCUCGGGUAGUUUCCAAAUGGGCUAAUCUAACCCGUCUUAAUGUGGGUUGAUUCUGGCUGGACGGAAUGGGGACUGGAGUGGGAAGAGCAGAGUGGUAAACGUUUGGCUGAUACCUCCAAUAUCCUUAAAGAUUCUGAGCUAUUAAGUUGAGAGCACAGGGAAUAAUCCUGGUAUUAAACAUCAUUUCUCCCUCAAAGUUUCUAUUGCCAAUUCUCUGAAAAACCUGGAGAAUCCAGAAUGACAUUUUAUCUCUAUUGCCAUAUAUCUCCUCGACACUAUCCUUACAUUAAUUGUUGAUUUUAUAAGAGAAAGGAAUAACUCUAGGCCAAGGAUGUGGAAAUGGCUAUUAGUAGCUUCCUUAGCUCAUUGUAAAUUUUAAUUGUCAACGUUUGUUGCCUAAGAAUUGGGCAAGUGUUUGCUAGAUGUUUUUCUUUAGCAGUAUUUUGGUUUUCAAUAAUUAGUUCUCCAAGUUAGAAGGGAGAUUUUUGGGAGAGAACUUGUUUUUCUCCCAAACAAGCCUUACUUUGAUUGAAUAGUUAAUGGGGGCGGGGGGGGGGAAACCCUAUUUAUGUCUUUGUAUUGCACACACACACACACGUUGUUCUUAGCUGCCAUCAAGUUGAUUCUGAAUCAUGCGACCCUGUGUACAACAGAACGAAACAGUACCUGAUCCUGCACCAUCCUCACAACGUUUGUUAUGUUUGAGCCCGUUGUUGUAGCCACUGUGUCAGUCCAUCUUGUUGAGGGUCUCCCUCUUUUUUGAUGACUCUCCACUUCACUUACAAGCAUGAUGUCCUUCUCCAGGGACAGGUCCUCUGUAUAAGAUGUCCGAAGUAUGUGAGACCAAGUCUCACCAUCCUCACUUCUAAGGAGCAUUCUGGCUGUACUUCUUGCAAGACAGAUUUGUUCAUUCUUCCGACAAUCCGUGGUAUAUUCAGUAUUCUUCGCUAACACCAUAAUUCAAAGGCAUCAAUUUUUCUUCGAUCGUCCUUAUUCAUUGUCACCUUUUGCAUGCAUUUGAGGCAGUUGAAAAUACCAUGGCUUGGGUUAGGUGCACCCUAGUUCUCAAAGUGACAUCUUUGCUUUUUAACACUUCAAAGAGGUCUUGUGCAGCAGGUUUGCCCAAUGCAAUAUUAUGUCCUCUGAUUUCUUGACUGCUGCUUCCAUGGGCGUUGACUGUGGAUCUAAGUAAAAUGAAAUCCUUGACAACUUCAGUAUUUUCUCCGUUUAUCAUGAUGUUGUUUGUUGGUCCACUUGUGAGGAUUUUUGUUUUCUCUGUGUUGAGGUACAAUCUGUACUGAAGGCUGUAGUCUUUGAUCUUCAUCAGUAAGUGCUGCAAGUCCUUUUCACUUUCAGCAAACAGGGUUGUGUCAUCUGCAUGUCUCAGGUUGUUAAUGAGUCUUCCUCCAAUCCUGAUGCCCCAUUCUUCUUCAUAUAGUCCAGCUUCUUGGAUUAUUUGCUCAGUGUACAGGUUGAGUAAGUAUGGUGAAAGGAUACAACCCUGAUGUACACCUUUCCUGACGUUAAACCAUGCAGUAUGCCCUUGUCCUGUUCAAAUGAUUGCCUUGUGAUCUGUGUACAGUUUCCUCAUUAGCACAAUUAAGUAUUCUGGAAUUCCCAUUCUUUGCAGUGUUAUCCAUAAUUUGUUUAAGAUAUGCACAGUCAAAUGCCUUUGUAUCGUCAAUAAAACACAGGUAAACAUC